GCGGAAAAUGAAAUCCAAUGGAUGGUUUGUUUGCUUGGGGAGGGUGGUGGGUUUUGACUAAAUCAGUAGAGUAACUCUAAAAUACCAAUGGCGGAACCAUUCGCACACUGUGGGCCGACUCCUACGCUUUUCCCUUUUUAUAUGAUCUCUCUCUCGUUCUAACUCCAACUGAUUUUUGUUCCCAAUUCAUCCUUAAGUGUUCUUUUUUAAGUUUUUGUUUGCGGUUUUGGCGUUUUCAUCCUUUGCAAUGCCGCCACCUCCCACAGCCGCUCUCUCUUCUUCUUCUUCCCUAUGUCUCUUCCCAUUUUCUUCUUACUCUUCUCCCAAGAAAACCCAAUUAGGCUUCUGCCCAUCCUUCCCCUUCACCAGGCUUAUCAAUGUCACUCCCACCCGCAGACUCAUGACAUGCUCCGCCGUUUCCAUCGAGAAAGAAACUCUCAUCUCCCACCGCCCCCACUCUUUCCUCCGUGAAACCGACGGCCUAGAUGACGGUUCCGUCAGGUCCCGCUUCCUGCGCAUGAUAAUGGAGGUGCAGGACAGCGUCUGCGGCGCCCUCGAGGCUGUCGACGGAGCGGGGAAGUUCAAGGAGGACGCUUGGACGAGGCCCGGAGGCGGUGGAGGAAUUAGUCGAGUGUUGCAAGACGGUGACGUUUUCGAGAAGGCUGGUGUCAAUAUCUCUGUUGUUUACGGAGUUAUGCCCCCUGAAGCUUAUCGAGCUGCCAAGGCUAAUGUCACUGAUCAGAAGCCCGGUCCCGUUCCCUUUUUCGCUGCUGGGAUCAGCUCGGUUUUGCAUCCCAAGAACCCCUUUGCUCCUACGCUGCAUUUUAACUACAGAUAUUUCGAAACAGAUGCUCCCAAAGAUGCUCCUGGAGCUCCAAGGCAAUGGUGGUUUGGGGGUGGAACUGAUUUGACUCCAUCUUACAUCUUUGAGGAGGAUGUCAAGCACUUCCAUUCAAUACAAAAAAAGGCAUGUGACAAAUUUGAUCCAUCCUUUUAUCCUCGAUUCAAAAAAUGGUGCGAUGACUACUUUUACAUUAAGCAUCGAGAUGAGAGACGAGGGCUUGGGGGAAUAUUUUUUGAUGAUCUAAAUGACAAUGAUCAAGAGAUGCUUCUUUCAUUUGCCACUGAAUGUGCGAAUUCCGUGGUUCCUGCAUACGUACCCAUUGUUGAGAAAAGGAAGAAUACACCAUUCACUGAGAGCCACAAGGCAUGGCAACAAUUGCGAAGGGGCCGCUACAUUGAAUUCAACUUGGUAUAUGAUCGAGGUACAACGUUUGGACUGAAGACUGGAGGUCGAAUUGAAAGCAUUCUCGUCUCUCUCCCUUUAACGGCACGGUGGGAAUACGAUCAUAAACCAAAAGAAGGAGGUGAAGAGUGGAAACUAUUAGAUGCGUGCAUGAAUCCCAAGGAAUGGAUUUGAGACUUAGUGGUUGAAUAUUUUUUAUUUUUCUUUGAAGGUGGUAUUUCAUAUUGCAUAUGUUGUAUAAGUUAGGCUUUCAUUGUUUUCUGGUGUUAAGGGUUUAGGGAACUCACUCGUGUUGUAAAAUCAUGUGAAUGUGGGUGCUUACUUUUUCCUGUAAUUUACACAUUGUUCAGAGCCUAACGGUAGCUUAUUGUUAAUAAUAAUAUUGUCUGUGGGUAGUUCUA